AUGAUCGCCUCAGCGCUCCGCGCACCUUCCUCCUCCGCCUCGAUCUUUCCGCCGCGCCACUCACCCGCCUUCCACAACAUCGACCCGCAUUGGGAUGAUCCCGAGGUUUCCAGCGUGUGCAACCCCGUUACAAAAUACUGCGGCGUUAUGUACAAGCCCAUUUCGGUGUACCUUUUGUGGUACGGCAAGUUCACAGAAGCGCAGAAGCAGAUCAUCCGCACGUUUAUCGAGUCACUCAAUAACAGCAACGACACCGACGCUACAGUCACCAACUGGUGGAACGUCAACCGUCUAUACUACGACGCAAUGGGCAACCAUAUCUCCGCAUAUGUGACUCUAAAGGGGGAAAUCGACGACGCGGAUUACUCCAAGGGCCGCACUCUGCUGAGCUCCGACGUGGCGAAACUCGUCUCGUCCGCGGUUACCAGCAAGCAGUUCGCGAACGACCCGAACGGCGUGUACUUCGUCAUGGGAGACGAAACGGUGGCGCAACAGGACGAUACAGCUCCCGAGAAAUCCGCGUUCUGCAGAAACUACUGCGGGUGGCACUUCUACACGCGCGAUGCUCUUGAACUCCCCAUCGCAUUCGUUGGCAAUGCCGCCACCAGGUGUCCCAAGCGCUGCAUCCCUCCCCAUCUCAACCGCCCAGGGGCGGUGGCGCCGAACGGGGACGCGGGGAUGGACGGGAUGGUGUCGGUGUUGGCGCAUGAACUCGCAGAGGCCACCAGCAGCCCCUUCCUCGCCACGUGGUUCGACGACCAGGGCGAGGAGAACGCCGACAUCUGCUCGCACGAGUAUGGGGAUGUUAAGAAGGACGGGGUUACCGGCGCGGUGUAUAAUCUCGUUGGCGUGCGCGGGUCGAGUCAUUCUUCGCCUAUUUUCACGCCCUCCCCUCCCCCCCCCCUCUCCCUUCUUCCCCACACAUCUGCUUCCCCGCCCCCUCUCCCCUCUCUCCCCCUCACUCCACUUCCCCUCAGCCCCGAGCGGGCGCGCGGAUCGCAGGGCCGCUGGGUCUCCGAGCGGAUCGAAACCGUCGGAUCGGAUCCUCCGCCCGCAACCAACGGCGCCUUUCGCGGCGGUCCGAGCGGCGGCAGAGGCGGAGGCGGAGGAAGGGGAGGCGGCGGCUGGAGGGACCAGGACCGCUGGCGCGGAGGGGAAGGUGGCGGAGGGGGGUACGCGGACGGGGGGAGGUAUGGCGGCGGGUUUAGCAACAGCCGCGGGUAUAACAGCGCGGAGGGGAGGGCGAGGGGGAGGGGGGGGAGGGGGGGCUGGGGGGACCGGUACCAAGGACAGGGGAGCUUCGAGCAAGGCGUGGAGGGUAUGGACGUGGAUGGUGGGUUAGAUGUUGCUGGUGGUGCUGCUGGUGCUCCUGCUGCUGCUGCUGCUGCUGCUGGUGGUGGUGGUGCUGCUGAUGGAGGUCUCAAGGGAGAGUUCAGGCCUGAGUUUGUGAACCCUGACCCGCAGCACAUCCCGAGAUCAGCCCGUUUCUUCCUGCUCGCUUCUUUCUGGUACGUAUGUGCAUUUGCUGGUGAUGGUGGUGGUGCUGCUGCUAUGAGAUCAGCUCGCUUCUUUCUGCUCGCUUCUUUCUGGUACGUAUGUGCAUUUGCUGGUGAUGGUGGUGGUGCUGCUGCUAUGAGAUCAGCCCGCUUCUUUCUGCCCGCUUCUUUCUGGUACGUAUGUGCAUUUGCUGGUGAUGGUGGUGGUGCUGCUGCUAUGAGAUCAGCUCGCUUCUUUCUGCCCGCUUCUUUCUGGUACGUAUGUGCAUUUGCUGGUGAUGGUGGUGGUGCUGCUGCUAUGAGAUCAGCCCGCUUCUUUCUGCUCGCUUCUUUCUGGUACGUAUGUGCAUUUGCUGGUGAUGGUGGUGGUGCUGCUGCUAUGAGAUCAGCUCGCUUCUUUCUGCCCGCUUCUUUCUGGUACGUAUGUGCAUUUGCUGGUGAUGGUGGUGGUGCUGCUGCUAUGAGAUCAGCCCGCUUCUUUCUGCCCGCUUCUUUCUGGUACGUAUGUGCAUUUGCUGGUGAUGGUGGUGGUGCUGCUGCUAUGAGAUCAGCCCGCUUCUUUCUGCCCGCUUCUUUCUGGUACGUAUGUGCAUUUGCUGGUGAUGGUGGUGGUGCUGCUGCUAUGAGAUCAGCCCGCUUCUUUCUGCCCGCUUCUUUCUGGUACGUAUGUGCAUUUGCUGGUGAUGGUGGUGGUGCUGCUGCUAUGAGAUCAGCCCGCUUCUUUCUGCCCGCUUCUUUCUGGUACGUAUGUGCAUUUGCUGGUGAUGGUGGUGGUGCUGCUGCUAUGAGAUCAGCCCGCUUCUUUCUGCCCGCUUCUUUCUGGUACGUAUGUGCAUUUGCUGGUGAUGGUGGUGGUGCUGCUGCUAUGAGAUCAGCUCGCUUCUUUCUGCUCGCUUCUUUCUGGUACGUAUGUGCAUUUGCUGGUGAUGGUGGUGGUGCUGCUGCUAUGAGAUCAGCUCGCUUCUUUCUGCUCGCUUCUUUCUGGUACGUAUGUGCAUUUGCUGGUGAUGGUGGUGGUGCUGCUGCUAUGAGAUCAGCUCGCUUCUUUCUGCCCGCUUCUUUCUGGUACGUAUGUGCAUUUGCUGGUGAUGGUGGUGGUGCUGCUGCUAUGAGAUCAGCUCGCUUCUUUCUGCCCGCUUCUUUCUGGUACGUAUGUGCAUUUGCUGGUGAUGGUGGUGGUGCUGCUGCUAUGAGAUCAGCCCGCUUCUUUCUGCCCGCUUCUUUCUGGUACGUAUGUGCAUUUGCUGGUGAUGGUGGUGGUGCUGCUGCUAUGAGAUCAGCCCGCUUCUUUCUGCCCGCUUCUUUCUGGUACGUAUGUGCAUUUGCUGGUGAUGGUGGUGGUGCUGCUGCUAUGAGAUCAGCCCGCUUCUUUCUGCUCGCUUCUUUCUGGUACGUAUGUGCAUUUGCUGGUGAUGGUGGUGGUGCUGCUGCUAUGAGAUCAGCUCGCUUCUUUCUGCUCGCUUCUUUCUGGUACGUAUGUGCAUUUGCUGGUGAUGGUGGUGGUGCUGCUGCUAUGAGAUCAGCUCGCUUCUUUCUGCUCGCUUCUUUCUGGUACGUAUGUGCAUUUGCUGGUGAUGGUGGUGGUGCUGCUGCUAUGAGAUCAGCCCGCUUCUUUCUGCAUGACGACCGGUUGAAUGAACCCAUUCAUCCAAAACUCACACGCAUGUCGCCCUCUCCUCCCUUCCCACUGCUUCCCCGUACGCCCCCUCCCCCUCUGCGCUCCCCCUCUUUGCAGCAUGACGAUCGUAUGAACGAACCCAUUCGCCGCCCUCGCCUCUCAUCAGGCCCGCCCGCAGGUAAGCCUUCCCCGCAGGUAAGCUUUCCCCGCGUAAACCCUGGCCGCAGCCUCCCCUCUCCCUCCUCCCCUCUCCCUCCUCCCCUCUCCCUCCUCCCCUCUCCCUCCUUCCCUCUCCUUCCUCCCCUCUCCCUCCUCCCCUCUCCUUCCUCCCCUCUCCCUCCUCCCCUCUCCAGCGUCCCCUCUCCCUCCUCCCUCCCUCUCCCCCCCCCCCCUUCUCCUCCCCCAGACUACUCCACCCUCAACAGCAGCACAUGGGAUUCUAAGCCCGGUGACUCCUCCUUUGACUUGGAGGAUGAUGGCAAGGACUAUUCCAACCUUGCUGCUCAGCAGCAACACAUGGGGUUCUGA